UUCCUGGGGUGCUGCAGCGCGGGGAGAGCCGCCGCAGGUUCCCAGGCGGCAUGGGUUCUCCGGGGCGCUGACCGCCGGCCCUACGACAGUGCUGCCACCGAGAGGGGGCGGGGAGCGACACCACGGAGCCCAGCGGGGAGGAGGCUGCGAAGAUCCCGCUGUCCGGAGCAGAGGACCGGAGGAAGCGCGGCCGUCGCCAAUCAGCCGGCGCCUCCCCGCCGGGUUCCGUUGCCACCGCGCCUGGUGUCUUCCAGCACGGCCUCCGCGGCCCGGGCUGCAGCGGCCACCCGGAUGCCCGAGCCACACGGCCCACGCGGGGGCAGCCGCCGCAGUCGCCGUCGCCCGCGGAGUCCGGACAUCCUGGGCUGCUGAUGAAGUGACUGAGAAGACUGCGCUCCCUGCUUUUGCACAUAGGACAGCAUGGAACAGCCAUUUACUAUGAAUUCACUGAAAAAGUUAGCUGCUAUGCCUGACCAUACAGAUGUCUCUCUAAGUCCAGAAGAGCGAGUCCGUGCUCUAAGCAAGCUUGGUUGUAACAUCACUGUUAAUGAAGACAUCACCCCACGCCGCUACUUCAGGUCCGGAGUAGAAAUGGAGAGAAUGGCAUCUGUGUAUUUGGAAGAAGGAAACUUGGAAAAUGCCUUUGUUCUGUACAACAAAUUUAUAACAUUGUUUGUAGAAAAGCUUCCCAGCCAUCGAGAUUACCAGCAAUGUGCAGUACCUGAGAAGCAGGAUAUUAUGAAGAAAUUGAAGGAGAUUGCCUUCCCAAGGACAGAUGAAUUGAAAAAAGACCUGCUAAAGAAAUAUAACUCAGAAUACCAAGAAUAUUUGCAAAGCAAAAACAAAUACAAAGCCGAAAUUCUCAAACAACUGGAGCAUCAGAGAUUGAUAGAGGCAGAACGGAAGCGGAUCGCUCAGAUGCGUCAGCAGCAGCUAGAAUCCGAACAGUUCCUGUUUUUCGAAGAUCAGCUCAAAAAGCAGGAGUUAGCCAGGGGCCAGGUGCGAGGCCAGGCGCCCUCGGUGCUGUCAGAGCAAACUGAUGGAAGCGCGCUGUCCUGCUUUUCCACUCUCAAGAACAACUCCCCACUGAAUGUGUUUGCAGAUCAGCCUCGGAAGAGUGAUGCUCCGGAUUUCGCCAGCCACUCUCCUCCGGUGAAUAGGGCCUUAAAGCCAGCAGCUGCUCUAAGCGCCGUUCAGAUGGUUGAAAGGCUGCGAUGUGUAGUUUUAUCAAGAGAUCUUUGCCACAAAUUUCUGCUGCUAGCCGAAAAUAACACAGUGAGAGGAAUAGAAACGUGUGGAAUCCUCUGUGGAAAACUGACACAUAACGAAUUUACUAUUACCCAUGUGAUCGUGCCAAAGCAGUCUGCAGGACCAGACUAUUGCGAUGUGGAGAAUGUAGAGGAAUUAUUCAAUGUCCAGGAUCAACAUGACCUCCUCACUCUGGGAUGGAUUCAUACACAUCCCACCCAAACUGCAUUCCUGUCCAGUGUGGAUCUGCACACUCACUGCUCCUAUCAGCUCAUGUUGCCAGAGGCUGUUGCCAUCGUGUGUUCCCCAAAGCAUAAAGACACUGGCAUUUUCAGGCUCACCAAUGCGGGCAUGCUCGAAGUUUCUACUUGUAAAAAGAAGGGCUUUCAUCCUCACACCAAGGACCCCAGGCUGUUCAAUAUAUGCAACCAUGUGUUGGUAAAAGACAUAAAAAUAAUCGUGUUGGAUCUGAGGUGACAUGUUCCAAAAAUACGAGCACCAUCAGCACCAGAUUCCUGCCCUUGGAUAUGUGUGGUUGCCGAUUUUCUUAAGAUGUUUCCAGAAAUGACUGAUAUUUUAUAUUUAUAUAUUUCAGAUUGAAAGUUUCAUAUUUAUUGUUCUUGCACAUUUUGAAGUUUUCUUUUUGGGUUGCUGUGUCUCAAAAGAGGUCACAUGGUGUUAAAUCUAUACCUAUUAAUGUACCCAAACCCUAUCAUCAGAAAUAAAUUGUGCUGCAAGUAA